AAUCCUUUCUACUUCUUUGCUACGUUGUUGUUGUUGUUGUCAUCGUUGCUGCUGUUUCUGUAGCUGUUGUUAACAUUUCAAGAGGGUUCGGUACACCACCUCUUACCCGUUUAAAAUUAGGGUACCCGUUGGGUAUAUUAAUUAACCUAUGGAUUCAUGGGCAACUGUUGAAGAUCCGUGUUGAGAAUGAUGCUUUCGCCAUGACAGGUUUGGGGAAGGAGGAUUACUAUUUCUGGAAGCAAAUAGGGAAGGCUCUUCUCUGCACAUAUUCACUCUUUGGUGUUGUAUGGUUGUGGGAUGAAACUUCUCCUCUUGGUUGGUGGACACUUAAGCCACGGCCCAAGGAAGAGAAAGAGAUGGCCCACCUGUAUGAGCGGCGGAGAUUUCCGUAUCCGGGUGACACGGAGGCAGUGGAGGAGUUCAUUGCGAGUGGAGGCACACUUGGCACUACCAUUGGUCCAAAAGGAUUUAUAGAAUCUGAAAAAGAUUCUGAUAAUUUCCAGAAGAAAUUACAGUCGAAGAAAUUCGACCAAGAAGCUCUGAAGCUGUGGAUACGCAUGCGGAAUGAAGUCAUAUCAGAGCUCCAAGAGAAGGGUUUUGAUGUUGAGUAAUAGCCAUGUUGGAAAGGCUGGAGCCUGUCGCUCUAGCAGUUAAUUCCAGCAAACUUUUGGUUCUGUAUAAAAUUUAACUGUUUGGUAAACAUUGUAUGUUAAUCUAGAAUAAUUUUGAGUUCAUGGUAAUCAAUUUGCUAUUAUGGAAUUGAAGUUCAAUAAUUACUAUAAACACAGUCCAUCAGAUGUCUUCAAAUAUGCCAUUUUAAGAUGUA